AUGCAGAGCUACCAUAUGGCCUGCAUUCUUCUCCUUGUCAACGAGCCCCAAGAAGCCAUCGCCAUUCGCUCCACAGUUUCCGCGCGCUUACAAUCUUACCGAAGAGGUGAACGCGAGGCGCUACGCCACGCACGAGAGCUUUGUGGAAUCAGUCUGGCAAAGUCGUCAGAUGCGAACCGUGUUCAUUCCGUGCAGCCGCUUUUCGUAGCGGGUCAAGUCUUCGAGGACUCGCAGGACGUCAAGGUGGUUCUGGACCUACUUGAAGAGAUUGAGAGGGAUCUGGGCUGGGCUACUAGCCAUUAUGUAUCCAAAUUGGGAGAGUCGGUUGCGGGCAAGAACGUUGAGUAUUUGUUUUUUCUGGUCAACAACGCAGGCAUUUCAGUCGAGGCAGGCCAUGAACCACUCAGAGCUCAUGAGACGCCCGAGGAUUGGUUCGACCUUACUAUGGCCGUCAACGUCAAAUCAUGCUUCUUGGCCAGCAAGUACGUUCUUGCCCAGAUAUUAAAGCAAGACAAGUCGUCUUCUGGGGACCGUGGAUGGAUUAUCAACAUGUCGUCCAUCUAUGCUUGA